AUGCUUAAAGACCCUCUUAGGAAACGCAUAUUCUUAUCCUAUAUUUAUGACUGGAUCUUUGUGGUAGUUAUGACUAUUGCUUUUUUUGCGAUUGACAAGAUCGCACCUUUUCGAAGAAGGUUUUCGCUCCAGGACAAGACAAUCAUGUUUCCAUAUACUGAGCAUGAAUCAGUACCUAUUUGGUUAUUGGCUAUAGUUGCAUUUGUCGGUCCCAUUGCUAUUAUCGCUUUUAUUUCGCUCAGUAACAUUGGUUAUAAGCGAAGUUUUCAUGACUUUCAUAGUGGUGUUUUAGGCCUUUGUUUAGGAUUGUCUAUGACUAUCAUGCUGACAGAUGUCAUUAAAAUUACUGCUGGUAGACCAAGACCCGACAUGCUAUCUCGCUGCCAGCCAGCUGCCGAUGCUGUCGAUCCUUUAUUUGGCCUAUCAAAUGUAGAUAUUUGUACUACCGAUAUCAAUACACAUAUCAUGAUUGAUGGGUUCAAAAGCUUUCCUAGUGGACACUCUUCAUUUUCGUUUGCAGGGUUGGGUUUCUUGGCCUUGUAUUUGGCUGGCAAGAUGAAAAUGUUUGAUAACCAUGGUUAUACCUACAAGGGGUUUAUGUUUGCCUUUCCUGUGAUUGGGGCUAUUUUGGUUGCUAUCUCUCGUACAGAAGACUAUAGACAUCACUGGCAGGAUGUUACCAUUGGUGCCAUUUUGGGUACUAUUUGUGCAUUUUUUGCUUAUAGACAGUAUUACCCUAGCCUUUCUCAAAAUGGUUGUGGUGAUCCCUAUUCUGCCCGUGUCACUUAUUAUAAAACUAGACUAGAUGAAGAGCUUGGUAUUGUAAUACAACAACAACAGCAUGAUGACAAUGAAGAAGGCUCUUCUGAUUUUAUUGGUAAGCAUAAUGCAGACAACUGUUCUACCAACAGUCAAAUUCCCCUGAUCAAUAAAAGAAGCAAUUAA